GCGGGCGGCGGGCAGCGGCCAUGGCGAGGCGCUGAGCCCCCGCGGGAGCUGCUCGGCCCGGCCCGGCCCGGCCCGCGGCGACUGCCUGGGGUUGCUGCUGCUGGAGUCCAUGGCGUACACUGGGACUCCCUCGCCAGCGGGGCCUAUCGGCUCCCAGUACUGCGUCUGCAAAGUCGAGCUGUCCGUCUGCGGCCAAAACCUUCUGGACAGGGAUGUCACUUCCAAAUCCGACCCCUUCUGUGUCCUGUUCAUGGAAGUCAAUGGAAAAUGGGUGGAGCUUGACAGGACAGAGACAGCUGUGAAUAACCUCAACCCAGCUUUCUCCAAGAAGUUCAUUGUUGACUACCACUUUGAAGAAGUGCAGAAGCUCAAAUUUGCCCUGUUUGACCAGGACAAGUCAAGCAUGCAGCUGUAUGAGCAUGACUUCCUGGGUGAAUUUUCCUGCACGCUGGGCAUGAUUGUCUCCAGCAAGAAAAUAACAAGAACUCUCCUUCUGGGGAAUGGCAAGCCGGCUGGGAAAGGGAUGAUAACGAUAGCUGCCCAAGAGCUCUCUGACAACAGGGUGAUUACUCUGAGCAUGGCUGGCAGGAAACUGGAUAAAAAGGAUCUGUUUGGAAAGUCAGACCCCUUCCUGGAGUUUUAUAAACCUGGUGACGAUGGGAAGUGGAUGCUGGUGCACAGAACAGAGGUGAUCAAGUACACGCUGGACCCCGUCUGGAAGCCGUUCACUGUGCCUUUAGUGUCACUCUGUGAUGGGGAUGUGGAGAAGCUGAUAAAGGUCAUGUGUUACGACUACGACAGUGAUGGGGGACAUGACUUCAUCGGGGAGUUUCAGACCUCAGUGGCCAGGAUGUGUGAAGCCCAGGAUGCCUUUCCACUAGAACUAGAGUGCAUUAACCCGAAAAAGCAAAAGAAGAAAAAGAAUUACAAGAACUCUGGGAUCAUCAUUGUCAAGUCCUGCAAGAUAACCAGAGAUUUCUCCUUCCUAGACUAUAUCCUGGGAGGCUGCCAGCUGAUGUUCACUGUUGGGAUUGACUUCACAGCUUCCAAUGGGAACCCGAGAGACCCCUCCUCUUUGCACUAUAUCAACCCCAUGGGAACAAAUGAAUACUUGUCAGCUAUCUGGGCUGUCGGGCAGAUCAUCCAGGACUACGACUCAGACAAAAUGUUUCCUGCUCUGGGAUUCGGUGCCCAGCUCCCACCGGACUGGAAGGUGUCCCACGAGUUUGCCAUUAACUUCAAUCCCACCAACCCGUUCUGUUCAGGCGUGGAGGGCAUUGUCCAAGCAUACUCAGCCUGCCUGCCUCACAUCCGCUUCUACGGACCCACCAACUUCUCCCCCAUUGUCAACCAUGUGGCCCGGUUUGCAGCUCAGGCAACCCAGCAGGAGGCUGCGUCCCAAUACUUCAUCCUCCUCAUCAUCACAGACGGGGUCAUCAGCGACAUGGAUGAGACGCGGCACGCCGUGGUGCAGGCUUCCAAGUUGCCCAUGUCGAUCAUCAUCGUUGGGGUGGGCAACGCCGACUUCGCCGCCAUGGAGUUCCUGGACGGGGACAGCCGGGUGCUGCGCUCCUACACGGGCGAGGAGGCCGUGCGUGACAUCGUCCAGUUCGUGCCCUUCCGGGAUUUCCGCAAUGCCCCCAAGGAAACGCUGGCCAAAGCUGUGCUGGCAGAGCUGCCCCAGCAAGUUGUGCAGUACUUCAAGCACCAAAAUCUGCCCCCCAUCAACUCGGAGCCGGCGUAGCGCCAUGCCUGGCGGCGCCAUCUGCAUGUCGCUGAAGUCUGUUGGUGCCACCGAAAUCGCAUGUGCCACAUGCUUUUAAAUGAAGAAUACCCUCCCUGAAACACACAGUUUUGUACUUUUUAAUUUAAUUGUUAAGUUCUUAAAACUCAUCCCAGAGAAGCAUCUGGAUUCAUUUUGUACAGUCCCAGCCUGAGGUAACACCAAGAGGCCAGCCAUGCCCUGGUCCUGCUCUGUUGAGUCACUUUUCAGUAUUGAAUGUACUUUGUAUAAUUUUAGUGGAACAGGAUACAAUUUUUACAAUCAAAACUUGCUUUUUCCAAGCAAUGAAAUGCUUAAUAUAUUAUUAUUAUUAUCAUUCAAUGAACUGGUCAUUGUAUAGGUCAUGUAUCUUUGCUGUACCUGUACCUCUGUCAUGCUCUAUGUUCAUUUUUAUACUGUGUACAUGUUAUAUUUGUUAUACUCAGGUUAAUAAAGAAACUUGGACAUUUAA